AUGCCUCCUAUUCGACCCGGAAGAGCUUCAAAGGCAUGUGAUCUUUGUCGAAAACACAAAACCCGCUGUUAUGCUUCUAGCGGUUCCAAUGGAAUAUGUCUACGAUGUGAGACCUUAUCCCAACAUUGCUCACUGCAAGCCCUCCACGACUAUAGGUGUUCCAUCUCGCCACCGACACAACAUAUGAAUAGUGAUUCGAUCAUAAGCUCGAUAGACUCAGCUCAGAAGAAGUCGGUGGAUGAUAGGUUGGAACGUCUGGAACGUACAGUUGGCUCUUUAGUAGAACGGCUUGACUCGAUGGUAGAUGAGCCUACUGGUUCUUACGAUCGAGAUAGACGUCCUGCUGUUCAAGGACCAGGCCCUUCUACAGAGCUCGACCCGGCCCCUUUGUUCAUGAUCCGAGAUGCUGCAGCUGAUGCUGGAGUACAUUCGCCCGAGCAGGCCAAUACACAAGCUGGAUCUCGACCAGACGUCAUCUCAACAGGGCAUGUGUCAUUAUCAACCGCUUACUCGCUCUUGCAGCUCUUCCACACUCAUUAUGGCAGAUGGACCAGAUUUCCAGAAGACAUCACAGUCAAAGGACUUCUUCCCAUUGUUCGAAAAUCGCCACUGCUUGUAUGCAGCAUCUUUCUAAUUGCGGUCCGACACACAACACAAGAUUUGGCCGACCAACUUGCCCCUAAGCUCUUUCAAGAGUCAAAACGACUUAUCACAGCUUCACUCCUUGAGGUGCCGCAGACUAUCGAGUUCUUCCAAGCGGUCCUUAUCUUGAGCUUUUGGUCAACUACUGUUGGGCAGGUGCCUUUGAGUAUUGACAGCUGGCUUUUAACAGGAUAUGCUAUACAACAAGCAUUUGCCAGCCCAUGCUUUGCCGAGGUUAUGCGGCCCAGCUCAUGUCAGCCCACAGAUAAUGUAGCUUUUGACGCUUGGUGUUUGUGGAAUCAUUUAUGCGUGGUUCACCUUCAAUAUUGCGUUGCAACUCGCCGGCGUUCAUUAUUGGACCAAGAGCAAGUCAAUCGCUGUGUCACAUUCAUUAAAUCUAACGAGACCUCAAACUACGAAGCGCGUAUGGUAGCCGAGGUCCAAUUAUACUGGGUUAUCUACAGUCAGUGCGGCGCUGCACAAAUCGACGUAAUCAGUGCCAAGGCCGCUCUUCAAGCUUGGCAACAAGACUGGAUGACUCUACUUAAUGAGCCCCGGUCGCAAUUUCUACAAAUGGGAUUUCACUUUGCCCAUCUGCUGACACGUUGCCAAUCCCUCAAAGCUCCUAAAUCAGUAAUGCGCCACUGUAUUCUCAAAGAAAUGAUCACACAUUCCAAGUCCAUUAUCAAUCUUGCCAUCGAUACAACCGACGAUCGCACGCGCCACUUGACGGACCACAUUUACCACGUCGUUGGCUUUUCGGCGUUGAUGCUAUGUCAACUCGUCCAUGCGUACGAGUCAAGGUUGCAAACAUCUAACUACAACAUCUCCGAUCUAGACAGUCUCGUUUUCAAGCUCAUCCACUGGUUUAAGUCAAUCGGCUUACAGUGCCAUGCAGCACAUAUCCUCGGCGAUAUAGUCUCUAUGCAGUUUCAGAAACUUCGACCAGACUUCCAGCCAUUAACACCUAUAGUUUCAGAUCAGUUGUCCGGUAAUCUUUUCACGGCGGAAGAUUUGUUGCUACCGCCCGAUCUUCCGUUUCUAUAUCCUAACUUUAUUGGCUCUGAGAUGUUUAGUAUUGAAGGCGGCGUAGGAUCUUGGCCGGAAUGGUCUCAAAUGCAAUUGGACACAGAUACUUCUAUUUAA